AGUCAGCUGAGAGACGUCGCCGGGAGAGGAAGUGCGUGACGAUGUGAGGAUUUCCCAUUCUUACCAAUUUUCGAUGCUCUAAACCUCGCCAGCUCGGGCUGUUGGGCUGACAACGAUGGCAGCCGCUCGGGGAGGAGUCAAAGACCGCAUCGUCCACGAAAUAGGCAGAGCCAUCAAGCAGGCCCAGCUGGAAUGGUGCGGCGUCGGGUGCGUGCGCGCGUGCACGGGGCGGUGGCUGGUGCUGAGUCUGGACGCCGCCCUCCUGCACGGCCUCCACGCCCUCAACAAAGGCUACUGGCCCGUCGUGGCCUCGCUGCUCGACAAGGACACCCUGGCCACCGUCAUGAGUCUGCCCUACGCCACCAAGCCUCUCACGAGAGGUCGUGCGUGGAUUUGCCUGUGCUUGAACGAGGGUCAGUUGGAGAGCUACCUGCACGUCCUAACCACUCACCAGCUGUUACUGGGAUCACACUACGGGUCCCAAGCGCUGCUGAGGGACCCCCAUAGGACGCACCUCCUCCUCAUGCUGGCUGCGGGACUGGAGCACAUCCGGUUCACCAUUCCUGUGGAUAUUCCGGGAUGGCUGGCUUCAGGGGGUAGUAUGAGCAGCUCUUCGGCCACCAGCAUGUCUGUGAGCAGUAUGGGGUCAUCCAUCCCUUCCCCCUCGCAGCAUGAUUUUCCAGACCUUGAUACUACAUGCUCAGAGGCCCUCGAGGAGAGCUGGCAUUCCAUUGAAGGGGAGUUACCUGUCUUUCAAGCUACAUGUGAACAGUUGGACACAUCCAUAGAAAUAGAACACAUAGCCAAGGGCUCUAAGAAGAAAAGGAGGAGCAGGUCAUCAUCGCAGAGCUCAUCCAGAGUGUCAUCGGGGGGCACGACGCCCACUGAUGCCAAGAGCACAAACCUUAGCACGACAAAAGUGCAAAAGGAUGAAAGUGGGGAGAUGGGUCACCGGCACAGUACCUCCACAGCGACCACCAUUAAAGGCACACAAACCAGGACAACGUCUACAGUCCCUUGGGACUCCUCCUCGUCUUCCUCUCCGACCAUUACAACCGCGGAAGGAACACCAAAGCAAAACUGUGAUAAUUAUGAUAGGAACAUCAACAAUCUCAACUGUGAGAGUAAGGGAGACGGGCAGGAGAAAGGGUACAAGGAGAAAAGCGAAAAUGGGGACGGACUCGCCAACACUAUUGAAAACAGGAAUGUGAACGCGACCUGCAACGGGACCGAUGAUGGGAACAUGAGCAAACAGAUGGGGAAUGAGAUGCGAGGGGACGAAGUGACUGUGGUGCGACGGGGGAGGCUGCCCAAUGCCAAGAAUGUGGAAAAAAGGGUCUCUUUCACCGACAUUUCUGACCUGGAGCAGCACAAGCCUCAACACAAUCGGCUCAGUCUUUGCGGAUAUUCCGAGAUUCGUGAUCUGGGUGAUCUUCGGGACUUGCUUUCCAACCUGAAGGACCGAGGGCUGCUUCCAACAUCUAUAGCAUUAGAUGAACUGUUUACCAGCCUUGAUCAGUCUACCCCUUCCUUGAGUGAGCGAGCUCCGCCAGAGGGCCAAGAGGACCCUCCCCUACACCAGUCCAUCAUCAGCCUUACGCCGAGCAAUGCAGAUGAUGAUAGCAACAACAACAACAGCGGGACAGACAUCUCGAGUGACAUGUGGAAGUGUCUCCCAGGGGAAAAGCAAGAGCAGGGGGUGUUAUCAGCAGCAGUGGUGCAGCGAACCAACAUCAUCGACGGGCUGAGAUGGGAAGAGCUAACCAAGAUGGGACAUGAGCUGCUGGAGAAGGCCACAACAGACCCUAGUAUCCUGGACAGCCAGCAAGUUACAUCCACCAGAGCCUUACUGAGCCAGGAACAGCUGGCCACAGGGACGAGACCCAAGCAGAAGCAGCUGAUGGCCAUUAAGGCGGAGGCCCAGAUGCAGAGAGAUGGGAUGGGGAGAUUGCAGGGCAGGAGGUCCAAGUCGAUGCUCUCAUCUGACGAGAGGAGGAGGCUGUACAAAAAGAGCUUUCGCAAGGAUAAGGCUCCCCCAAGUUUGUACAUUCCAGUCAAAGUAGAGGGCAAAAAAUUUAGGGAAGAGGAAAGGCGCCUUGCCCUAGAGGUUGCUCAGGGGCAGUCGAACCUUGUAACCCCAGGCAGAAUUAUGGAUUAUAAGUUGGAUGAAUGGAUUAUGACGCAUGUGCUAGCAGUGCCUGAAGAGAAGCUGUAUCGGGUGUUUGCUGCUCGAGAAGGUCACAGUAGUGGGCACAGCAUAGGAGUCCAGGUUGUCUUGUCAACACAGACGCUCUAUAUACUGGCACCAAGACUGAAGGGAUCCAAACCUCGACAUAUUCUACCUUAUCAUGAUAUUCACACCAUCAUAGUGGGGGCCAAUGAUCAGUGGGUUUGUGUGUUGAGCAAGGAAGCAGUGCAUGAUGACCUCGCCACCACAGGCAACAACACUGGUAUUCAGUUAGACAUCGGCGACCCUGAUGUGACUCAUGCCAUUGUGAGUAGCCUUGAAUUGGCUAUUAGGAGGCACUUUGCUGCUCUCAAACUAGGAACAGCGUUGAAGAAAGAAGAGACUUACAUUGAUUAUCGAGACUUAUUCCCACCGGGGAAACUGAAACUGACUCGGUCUAUCACCAGAGAGUGUGAAGACAACUUAUCAAAUUCUUUAUUAGAGGAAUCUCUGCUCAAUGCAUGGGACACAAGGAAAAACUCGGCUGAUCACAGUCAUGAGUCCUCAGAUGUAACACAGGACCUCUCAGCCGCCACUCCGGGGUCGGUCGUCAGUCAGGACUUGAGUGAGGCUAGUCAAGACCUCACCGAGGCUAGUCACGAUCUGACUGAAGAGAGUCAUGACCUUACAGAACCCAGCCAUGAUCUUACCGAGGCCAGUCAUGAGUUAAUUGAAGACAAUUCUGAUUUAACUGAAGCCAGUCAAGAUAUAUCUGAAGCUAGUCAAGAUAUGACAGAAACAAGUCAGGAUUCCAGUGAGGCCAGUAAUGAUUUGACAGACCCAAGUCCUGAGUCUGUUGACGAGAGUCCAGACAUGACUGAUGCUAGUCAAGCCUCAGUUGAUGCUAGUGAAGAAGACAUACUUAAUGAAAGCCAAAGUCCAAGAUCAAUGGAAGGAAGCCAACAGUCUUCCUACAUGAGUCAAACACAGUCAAGCAGAACACAGAUACACUCGAAGAUGAUCCAGACGUCGGUGAACACCAGCCAGGAGUCGUACCCAGAGGAGAAUGAAGUCCCAGCCAAUAAGAAUGAAGUUGCUGUAGUGCAGGAGGAAGAAAAGGAGUCAGAAAAUGGAAAUAUCACUGAGAAGGAAGAAGACAAGGUUGAGGAGUUGGAGGAGGAAACCUGUCCUGCACAUAUCCACCUGGAAAAACAGUACGGCAUGCCCAUAUAUGCGGGUGGUUAUUCGCGGUGGAACGGGACUCUUCAUGACCGAAGUCUGCCUGCUGUUGUGGUCCAUCCAGCCUGGGAAUUGGCUGGGCUGAGAAGGUGGUUGAGGGCUCAGCUGCGACUACAGAGCGGGCCAGAAGUGGUAGGGUGUUGGAUGGCCGACUGGGAGGAUGGCAGCAGCUUGGGAGGGGAUGCCGUGUCGGGGCCUCUGGGACCAACCAAUGAGGGGCCAUUGAUGUUCAAGCCGCCAGGGAUCCUGUCCUCGUGGAGACCUGCCUAUUUCAUCCUCAAAGCUGGUGUUCUAUACCAGUUUAAUGAUGCUCGGGAGAGACUGCCUCACAUGAUUGUCGAGGUAGUGCAGUGCGUAGGCUGUGUGCGCAUAUCCUCAAGUCACCGGCCCUAUGCCUUCCAGUUACUAAGGAAGAAAGCACCUCCUGUGAUGCUCGCAGCAUCUGACGAACAUGAGGCCUCGUUGUGGCUCCAGGCCUUCCUUAUGAUUAUCAACAAUGGGGUCCCAGAUGUGAGUGAACGUAAGCAGGUCUCGUGCAGAGUGAUCCUGCUGGAGUCAGGGGUGUUGUUAGCUCAGCAGUCAGACCUAAUACUUGCUCUUCCGCAAGACGAUGGCCCUUCCUCCAUUGACCACCAGAGUGCUCCUGACCCUAGAUCCUCCACAAUAAACCUGCAGCAGUCUCAACAGCAGGCUUUGGUCUCAUCUCCCAGACAUUCACAAACAGCUCAAGCACAGUUGGAGAGGAAGGACUCUCAGAAGCCCCUGAAUCUGGCCCUCUCCAGCCUCAAGGAGCGCAAGCACCUAAGUUCCUCGCUCACAGCCCUCAAUCGCACCAACAGCACUCCCUCAAUGCCUGGCAGUCCCCUAAAGCGUGCAAACAGUGUCAACAAAACCUCAACCCCAAAGAAACUCCAGCACCAAGGAAGCCUGACGAGACUGACAGACUAUGGAUCUCCGGAUGUCCAAGCGAGCUCGAGUGCAAAAGAGGAAAAGGAUCCUUCACCCCUCAUCAAGAAGAACAAAGAAGUGUUGGCCAGGAGCAGCUCUGCACCGAGAAGAAUGUUGGAUCAGAUUACACAGGGAAUUCAGGCCAAGGGAGAAGUCAAGGUCCUCACCUACAGUGCCCUCGAACACCUGUCUUCACUGUUCCUGUAUGCAGAGUGUCCAAACACAUGUCUGAUGGAAUUUGAGUGCAGUGAAGCUGGAGAGAUCUCUGGUGACUGGGCUCUCUACUUCCGCACUGGCAGUCAGUUGCAUGAGUUCAUCACUACCUUAUCUCGAACUUGGAGCAGCAUGUUUGAGAUGGAGUUUCCUGUGCGAACUGUGGAGGAUGCGGGAGUGCAGCAGUACCUUCUCGAAGGCUCACAAAUCUCCACAAGUGGAUGGUCCUCUUACCAUUUGUAAAUAUAUCAUGUGGUCUCAUUUCUAGGCAUUACACUUUACUUCAGUAUCCCUUGCUCCCAUCCCCCUUCUCUGUUCCUGUUUUAUGCGUUAGGAUAAGCAUAAAGAAUAUAUAUAUACAUACAAUAUAUUGAGUUGUAAAUGUGCUUUUAAGUAUAUUGUGGAUAAAUUUAAAUAGUGCAACUGCUACAGUUUGUACAGUUACCCUUCCUCAAUAUAUGCAGUAGUUUAUAUGUGAUAUAACAUACCAGAAGUUGCAGUUAUUUUAGGGUUAGUUCCUUGGAAAAGACAGGAAACUGGGUUGAGCCAUCAGUGCUGAGUUUAUAAGCUUUGUAAAUUAUUUGUCUUCUAGUCAUGUUAUGAUACUGAGCUUUAAUCUAUCUGUUCCUCUGCAUACCCUCUAUACAAGUAUACAUAGCCUGAGGUACUGCAGAUUCCUGAUGUGAAUUGAAAGAAGGAAAGGUCCUUUUUUUAUAUUUUGGUGUUGAACUGGAUGCAAGGGGAAGACCUGCCUAGUGGUAAUGUGCCUAUUAUGUCAUACUGUGUUUGCAAGAAUUGAAAAGUUGAUUUCCUUUCUGUUUAUUUAUGAUUUUUUUACUGUUUGUAUUUUUUUAACAUGUGGAAAUAUUAGAUUGUAUUAGACUAUAUUGGAAAUAUAUGUAAAACAUUUUGUAGUAAGAAAAGUAAAUGGACUUGUAUCUAUGAUAAUGCCUAAGGUAAUGUGUAUACCUAUAAUUAUGAAUGUCUCCCAUGUGUGUAUACCUGUUUUCAUUUCAUUUUCAUUGGGGUGUGUAAAUAAGGGAACUCAUCAGAUAGCAUGAAAGAGAUAAGAAACAAAAAAUGCCUGAGAGAACUACAGAUGGAAGGUCUGACUUCUCUCUGGUUAAGUGUAGCUUAAGUGAGUGUGGAAGUACCUUUAGAUACCUUAUGAUAGGUAACUCUGUUCCUUCUAACAUCAUUCACUUUUCUGAAAACAUGGAGAUGAUUAGAAGCCAGUGGAGAUUUGCAUUUGCAUUGUCUGUUUUCUGUUCAAUCGCCUUUGUCAUUUUGCUUUUCCUUUCUUGUGUUCUUUUCCUUUUUCAAAGACCUCCGUCCUCCACAGACUCAUUCAAGGUGCAAAACCUAAAAAAAAAAAAAAAAAGAAAAACGUGCACUUGUUAAUCGGCAGCAUCAAAGUGUACCAUCAUCUCGCGCAGAUAUGUCUUAGGUUUGUAGUUUUUAUACAGAUUAUGCUUGUGAUUGGUAGUUCACACGCAGUCAUUCAUUUCGGCACCAGCUUUAACUAGGAUAUGGCAUUUCAUGAGUGCAGUGCAUAAACGCUCGUAUUGGAAGCUUGUUGGUCUACCUAAGUUAUUUUUGUAGUGUCGCUGAAUGUACAUAGGUUAGGGAGUAUGUUGUGAUAAAAGUGAGUAUGUGUACAGGAGGGUAAUGUUUACUGAAAUUGGGAAAUGCAGUUUUGUAAAGGAGAAGGAGCUGCAUUUUUAUUUUUAUUUUAUUAUUUACUUUUUACUUUUCUGGGAUAGGUUGUCCAUACUAAUACACAAUAUGAAUUAGCAAAGGAUUUGCCCAAAAAAAAAAAGAAAAGUAAUGAAAGAAAAGGAAAUUAUAGGUAAGAAUGCAAUCAUACAUUGUGUUCUUUAUAGAGCAACGCUUUUAAUAUAAAAUGUCUGAAGAAAAUGAAAAGCGUUCUUUAAGGAAAACCUGUCCUUCUUGGCCAUAGGUUUGGGAGGAUUAGAUGUAUAUUUGUUCUGCUAACUAAUGUGAAUAGAUCUGUGAAUGCGUGAGUGCCUCGGUAAGUUAAUUCCUGAAGCAUUUAUUUUCCACUCCGUUGAAUGUUAUUGAAGUUUUUCGAAGUCGGUGUUUUAGUAUUAUUAUUAUUAUAUAUUGUUUUGAUGUAGAUGAAUACUCGAAGCUUUCUUGGGAAAUGAUGGUGCAGCUUCAGUCGUGGUUUUGUUUAAGCAGCCAACUUGUGGGUAGAAAAUGAAGUGGUGUAAAAUAUAGCCAGUCUUGCAGGCUGUUUGAGAUUGUUAUUGUUGUUAUUAUUAUUAUUAUUAUUAUUAUUUAUUUGGAUAUAUUUUUUAUUUUAUUGAUUUUUUUCAUGGUGGAGAAGAAUAAUUAAUUAUUAUUAUUAUUAUUAUUAUUAUUAUUAUUAUUAUUAUUAUUAUUAAUUAUUGUUUUUAUUAUUAUUAAUUGCAAUAGUAUUUAAUAAUGCUAAAUUACUGUGGUCAGGACUGGUUGAAUCUCAUGACAGUACCUUUGCUGAAACUGGAGUAAGAGUUGGUUGAACUUUAUUCUCUUUUUGUAAGGUCUUGUUUUAAAGUCUUUUUUGUGUUCAGAUUUAUAGAUAUAUAUUUUUUAGCUACUCUAUAUUUUUAAAAAAUUGUGUCUGUAACCUGUUUCAUGUGUUUUUUUAAGUGAUCUUACACUAUAUGUAAAACCAAAACUUAAUCAAAAGAAAAUUAGAAAAAAAAAGUGUAUGAUAAUUUCAUUUUGCUAUUCUUUCUCAUUCUGAUACUAUAACAUCAGCAAAAUGUGAGUUUCUAUAUUAGAUUUCACUUUCAUGUCAUUGUCAAGCUAAUUCUGAUAUAGGGGUGAGGAUAACCCAAGUUACUCAUCCUUUUGAGAUGUAAGCUUUUGUCUCAAUUAACUUGUCAAAGUCAAAAAAGUCUGAUAAUAGUUCGAACAUGACAGUUAUCUACCAUUUUAGUUUAUCUUCCUUGCUCUGUAUCUCCUUAUCCUGUGUCUCUCUUUUAUUUUCUAUCAGUUAUUUGUAGUAAUAUUUACUUUAUUUUUUUUAAUCCUCACUAUUUUUGUGUUCUUUGUGUUCAGAGUGGAUGUGUGAAAGGGGUCUUAGCUUUUGGGUUUAUUCGAGGAAGGUGGUUGUGUGGCCCCCUGUCUCCCUGGGUGAUACCUCUUGUGUUGAGGAUGUUUUCCCCUUUUUUGUGGUGGUCCCCUUGAGGCUAGAUGCUUGUUUCCACCUGUUGGAGUGUCGGAUUCAUUUGGCUGUGGCGAAGGGGAUGAGUUUGCGGGACUUGCUCAAGUAGGUCGACCAGAAGGCACUGACUUUGGUUCAGCUCGAAGGGGAACUCUGAUAGGAAGGCAUAGCUUUGCUCAGCUGGGGACAGAUGUGUGGGGCACCACCAUCCAGACUGUUGUUGGCUGUUGUUAAUAUGGCCUUUAGUGAUAUCCAUUUUUAUGUGAGUCAGGUGUGUUGUGCUGUCAUGAAUUUAUGGAAAGGAAUGGCAGGUUAAAAAAAGGUUUGUAUCUGUAAAUAGACAUUUGUGAAAAUAUUUACAUUUUGGAGUUAUCGUUUGUGCCUCACUGUUGUGAAGUGUCACUUGCAGGUUUAUUUGUGCUAGAAACUGUUAAGAUAUCUGAAGUCUAAAGCAUUUUUGUGGAUUUCUGGACAAAUAUUUGGUGCGGUUUACAGAAAUGGUAGGUUCAGGGUUGUAUUACUGAGAGAUUCACAAGUUAUUUUGAUUACAUUAUGAUAUUGAAGAGUGCCAAAUUAUCACUUUAUGUUGAAAUAAGAUGUUGAAAAUUCAUGAUAACAUUGAAAAUGUGCCUUUCUAGUUUUCAUCUUUUUCGCUGAAAUGUUGAGAACAUUGUUAUUAUAUUUUUCUUGAAUUGGUAUUAUUUUUUUCCGACAGUGCAAGACAAAUCUUUUGUUCUUUGUCUGAUUAGUGUUGUUACUCCACUACAGGUCUCCUAAAUUCAAUUUGAUACUUAAAACAUUGCGGAGAGAAGUUUACUGCGCAACUGUAAUGGGUACACUUGUAAUAUGUGGUACAAAUAAGUAUGGUUAUUGAUGAAAAGGUCCUUGGCAUACAGCAUUAGGAAAAAGAUUAAGGAAAGACUGUUUUCAAUUUUAAUUUGUAUUCAAUUUCUUGUGGAAUUUGUUUAGAAAAUAUCUUUUGCAAGAACCUUGAAUGGAUGAUUUUUUUAAUGAUGCUUUUAUGGAAAUGAUUAUACAAUGAUUUACAUAAUUUUUGGCAACUUUCAUGAUAAUUAAUUUUAGAGUUUAUAAAAAGAUUACAAUUUUUUUUUAUGAGCUUUAAUAAAGCUAUCAGUUUUUUUCAUGGCCUUACCAGGAGUGGAUGAAAGCCAUUGAUAAAGAAGUUAAUAAUUUGGGAAAUAUAUGAGGGUAGACUAUAUGAACAUUCAGACGAAGGAAGAGACUUUAUGAAGAUUUUGGAAUUCAAGGCUUUUGUCUUUAUAGAUAUGAUGCUAUUUAUGUGUCACUGAUAUCUUGUCAUAUAAUCCAGAGUGUUUACUAUAUCUUCGGAAAUAAAUUUGGUGAAGAAUUUAUGAAGUAUUUUGUUUUCAUUAUUUUUUGGGGUAUUAAAUGUACAUAAAUUGUAAAUUCAGUUGCUCUUUUAUGGUGGAUUCUGUUUGUAAAUUAUUGCUGCAUUUCUUAUCAAGUUCAUAAUGAAGCAUCUUUGAGAAUUUGAUUAAAAGGAAUUCUAAGACUCUCAACAAAAAUUCCAGUGAAUGUUGAUAUUCUGCAUGCAUAGUGUGUACAUAUGUACUGGACUUGUAUUCUGCAUUCUUUGGAUAUAGGGUUAUUUCUCAUUUUUUUCUCCUCCUUUGUCUAUUUCUUCUUCUUCUUCUUCUUCUUCUUCUUCUUCUUCUUCUUCUUCUUCUUCUUCUUCUUCUUCUUCUUCUUCUUCUUCUUCUUCUUCUUCUUCUUCUUCUUCUUCUUCUUCUUCUUCUUCCAUUUGGGGUUGUAUGUCGUGUUCAGAAGAUUAUACAAGAUGUUUAUGUAUUUUUUAUUUUAGGUAUUACAUUUUAAAUGAUGUUUUAACCCUUUGUUCGCGGGUGGCAUCUACUAUGAUGCCAUGGCGGCCACAGAAAAAGCCUGUGCACAUUGGGUUAAGAAGCUGUGAAACUAUUUUGGUUUAUGUGUUAUAUACUUAUUGUAUGAUUAUGCAAUAUAUAUAUAUAUUUUUUUUAUUUUUAGCUUUUGGAGAAAUAUUUCUAAAAUGGCUCAAGAAGAGAACUUAAGAAGAUAUAGGAAGUUACAUAUUUGCUCAUACGUAAUUAGAAAAAAAAUAUGUAUUGAAAUUGAUACAUGAAAGGGAGUCACAUACAUCAUUUGCUAACUUAUAUUACCUAACUCCAUCUACCUCUCUUUAUUCUCUCAAUAUCAGUUACACACCAGAAGUAUAUUUGACCUUUGCAUUACCCUUCAGUUUUGUAAGUUAUAAUGAUAACGUUCAAGUUAUAACGGUAAUGUUCAAUUUAUAACGGUGAUGUUCACUUUAUUCUUUCCCCAGAGAAGAAUACAAACCCUUAUUCUAGUCUCUGUUGAUAAAGAAUUUUGUACUGAAGUGUAAUCAAAUAUAUAUUACCUGCAGUGUGUUCCUUGUGUGUAAAUAUGGUAGAGGAAAUAGGCAAAGGUAUGAUAGUGAUUUAAAUGCUCAUGUAGUUACCAGCUAAGUAUGUAUGACAGCAGUUCAUUCAUUCUCUUCAUUUUGCUUCUUCCUUUACUAAUGAAAAAAAUAUUUUUAGAUAUCUGCCUUACUCAGAAAUUCUUUUAUUUGUACCAUGAUGUUUUUUAUAGUUUUUGCAUCUUUUUUUUGUCUCCAUAUAUUGCAUAUUUGCCACAAUGUAAUGCUCACAUUUGAUUCCAUAGUAUAAUUUUUGUGUGCUAUGAAAGGGAUGGAGGUGCAAAUAUAAUAGCAUUUAUAGAAGUGAGUUUUUCCUUAUACCUAAGCUUACUUCCUGUUGUAGUUACUUCUGAAAUGUAGGUAGAAUUCUUUAUAUUUAUUCCCUGUUUGCUUGCUCUAAUGUAUUAUUUAUGUUAUUGCAUAAUAGAGCACUUGUUUAUUUUGAAAAAAAGGAACUACAUAUAUGAGUUUUGAUAAGAAAAAAUCUCGGUCAAAAUUAAUAUAAAUUGAUUUUCUUUCUUUUGGAUAUAAAUGAAAUACAUGUAAUUAUAGAUCAGAGGUCCUGCAGGCAUUUUGAGACUAGAUUUGUACUUUACUUAUGAAUUAUUCAUGUACAGAAGAGUACCAGUAACUGCAGCUGCAAAGCUACCAGCACGACAUCUAGCAGUACUGGUCCCCUAAAACAAUGGCAGGACUCUAUUAAGUGUUGAAAAAGUCCAGGUGACAUGCUAUAGCAGUAUAUUUUGGUUGUUGGUUCAAUUUUUUUUGGACAAGAAGAGCUAAAUGUGUUCCUGGUAGUUUUGGAUCAAUUUUCCAAGUGGUUGCAGUAGUUAUUGCAUUUUUAAUAUAAUGGGAAAACCAGUACUUAUUUUUGAGUUUCACACAUGGGACUUCUCGUCCUCAUUUUCAUGAACUCCUUGGAUCCGGGUGCUUCGUGGCAAUCACAUGGCCCAAAAUAUGGGCAUGAGGCUUACAUGAGCAGCCACUGUGCUGGGUGUGUGGCUUGUAGACCACAGUUGUGUGGUGACAAGGCUCAAUGCAUCCCCCUUGCAAUGUUAUCUUCUCUUUCUAUUCAUAAAGGUUUUUAGCUUUUUUGCCAUUAUCCACUGUCCAUAUUAGUCAUUUGAUUUUCUCUCUCCAGAUGAUAAUAGAGUGUUUUCCUUGCACAGGCUCCAUAUUGUCUCUCUAGGUAGUCUAUAACGCAAUGCAAGAAUAAUAACUAAUAUAUAUUUUUUUUAAUAUUAAAUUUUUUGUAAGACAACCCGUGCUACCAGUCAUGACAGCCAGGAAUAGGAUGCUGAGCAUGGAAAUGGGGUCCUCCCUAGUGGCUCAUGGAGGCAACAUUCCACACUCAUUUUUUUGAUGGAAAUGAUGCUAAAGCUCCUUUUUAAAUGCCAAAUGAGCCUAAACCUCCAAGAGGUUUGUGCACUCAAGCUGGGGGUUUCCCAUCACCCCAGCCUUUAUUUGAAAUGCACAUGGCAGCAAGUUCACAUCACCCUGGCCCACAGCCAAAUUUUCCCAUGACAGCAUGUUCAUAUCACCAUGCCUGAUUUUUUCAUGAUGUGAUAGUCACCUCAUCCAGAUCAAAGGAGUCAAGCUUAAUCCCUCUGGAGUUUCCACCAAGUGUUAUUAUACAAAGAGUCCUCAUUGUGUCUGCAAUAUAAGGUCCCCUGAUAAGGUUUGUAAAUAUUUAAGAAGUAGUGCAUAUUUAUUUACUGUGGACUGCAUAUCCUAGUCCAAUUUGGCCAGCACGUGAUGGGAGCUUCAUGUUUAUAUUAAGUGUAAUUAAGGGAAAGUCCUUGUAAAGCUCUUUGAGCUAGGAUCUGUAUAACAUGUAAUUCUUACUUUUUUAAUGUUACUCAUUGAAUUUGGUACCUUAGUGUGGUCUUUCACAUGUCCAUUAUUGUAUUGAGAUAUAAAUUUGAAGUAAAUGGAAGUAAUAGCUCAGAGUAAGGCAUAAAAAGUAGAAAUUAUAUGCCAUAUAAUUCCAUGUGAAGUGGUCUCUGUAGUUUGUGCUUAUUGCAAAGUAUAAUACUUGAAACAUAUCUGCAAGAAGACCUUGCUAAUUAUCUGUAGUGAUGAAAAAAGUCAGGAAUAUUCUCUUUAAACAUACAAUACAGUUUACUAACAGUGUUACUAAACGGUGUUGAAUUUUAGCUCCUAGAUGUCUUACAGAUAUUCUUUUAUCUGUGUUGAAUUGACCUUUAACAUCAUGAUUUUUGUUGAGUUGUUUUGUUUUAUUUAAUAUUUUGAUUUUGUUUUACUUGUAACUCCUCCGACUUCUAGUUUUGUCAUUUUUUCAUGGACCAUUUAGAUUAAAGUAAUUGAUUCCUUUGGUAAACACUGGAUCACCUAGGCUGUCAAUAAUAAGAAUACAGUGUAAUACAAAAGAAAAAAUUGAAUAAAGAAGACCCCGUUUCUUUAUCCAUUGCAAAGUGUCCUUAGUAACUUCAUGAAUUUCAUUUUUAAAAAAAAUUCUUUCUAAAUUAAUAUCUUGUGGAACUGAGAGAUCUUAUUAACAUUUUAUACAGGUCAAGUACUUUUAUACCUUUUCCAUCCCCAUGUAUCUUAAUCUUUGCUCUUUGAUAUGAAAGUGAAAACCCAUGGACUCUUAACACUUAAAACACACCCACAGGAAGUACAUUGUAUAUGUGAGGGUAAUGUCAUAUCUGUGCCUUUGUAUGUCAUGUUCUUUUGGUUUUAAGUGUAAAUCCGUUUAAGGAAAUAUGACUUUUCUGAUAGAUGUUACAACCUGUGUAAUUUGUCAUAGAACAGCAAAAUGUUAUGUGGGCAAGUGCUUGAUACAUAUAUAUUUUUUAGUCUGGUAUUUAAAAGAGAAUAUAAUCAUUCUAUAAUUGUUUUCCAUCGGUGAAAGUGACGUAGAGGUACAAGUAAACACUAUUUUGUUGGAUUGUCCAGUACUGUGCUUGCUAGAAACCUUGACGACAUUCCAUAAUUAUUCCUUUUUACGCUGCAGGUUUGAGUUUCCUGCAAUUAAAAUAAUAGAUGUAUGCAGUGCUUAGAGUGAACAAGAAGCAAUAACUCUUUCUAAUUAUGGUGGUUAUUUUAUUUAUAUGAAUAAUUUUUUUGUGAGAAUGAUAAUGAUGGUAAUGACAAUAUUGAUAAUAGAAGUAGUACUGAUAAAAUUACCAUUAUCAUUGGUAUUAUUAUAUUGAUGACGAUGGUCUCUCAUUGUUUGUUUUUUUUAUUGUUAUUUUUAUUAUUACUAUUGCAGUAACAAUUGUUAUCAUCAUUGUUAUCAUUAUUAUUAAAUUCUUAUUUUGAGAAUUAUAUGUGUUUUAUUUUAUGAUGUUUGUCAUUGUUUCAAUUUAUUAUGAAAGUUUUUUAUGUCUUAUUUUCAUAAGUAUAUAGCUCCACUUGCAUUAUAAUAUGAUAAAAUUCCAUUGAUAAUUCAAGGCUACUAAUAACACUUGUUAGUCUUGAAUUCCUUAUAUAUAUAUAUAUAUAUAUAGAUAUAUAUAUUUCUGUUUAAUUUUUCAACAGCGUGUAAAAUGGCAAUAUAGUUAUCUGUGAACAAUUCUUGGCUUCAGUAUGAUAAAAAAAGUAGUAUUAUGUACCCUUUCAAAAUAUGUCCACUGGCUGAGAGAGUAAGGUAAACUGACAUGGGAAUUGUUGGUGUUUCGAUUUAAGAGAAGUGUAAGUGGCCGAUCGUAUUACAAUGGUUAAUUUUGUCUCUGUUUGAUUGGUGCUGACGCGUGACAAUAAGUGUAGGUUUUAUUUGAACUGCGAUAUUGGUAAUGCUUGCUAUCGAUCUGACGGAUUGGUAUGGUUUAAUGAAAGGUAAUUUAUAUGUAUCAAAACACAUUUUUCUUUUAGUUUGCCAGAUUCUUUCAGUAUUGGUUGUACUACAAAGACUAUGUUAGCCUGUGCAAGUGUUUAUUUGUGGGACCCAGAUAUCUGUGCAUUGAACUUUGUAUUUUGUUUCAUGCCAAACAUUUUUAAUUUCUUCCAGUUUUGACAUAGACAUCCUCUGUUAAUACUCUUGCAUAGAAAAUUCUUAAAAGAGAAGUUAGUGCAUGGUUCCAUAAACAUUUGUGUAUUUUUAAGCAAAGGGCUGAAGCAUCUAACUCUUUUUAGAUAUGUAUAUAGGACUCCUGCACAUAUAUCCAGGUAGAGUGCAUAAGUACCACGUUUACAAGACAGUGUUUAAGUGGUCGAGUUAAGCCAUCAGGACAUAUGCACAAUAACCUACACUCUGUCGUACUUUCUGUAUUGCUUGUGUAACCAUGUACUUUUGUGUCAUGUAUGAGUUCUGUUUGUAAUAGGAAUUCAACUUUUGUGCAUAUGUUUUAUGUAUAUAAAAGCCUUUCUCUAUAUAUAUGUAUGUAUACUUUGUGUAUAUUUAUAUAUUCACAAAAUUACCUCUAUUUCUCUAUUUUCCUUGUAUGAAUAUUUUUUUGUAGUUUAUAUUGAAAUCUUGUGAUAUUUAUUGAUAUGUAUAUUUAUAGUUUGAGCUUGUACAUUACACUUCCAGACAUAAAUCAACUGUGAUGAUGCAGUACUAAAAACAAAAAAAACAAUGGGAAAGAUUGGAUACUUAUAUAUAUAAAAAAAAAAAAAGUUGAAGAUUUUUAUUUUUGAUGCAGUUCCAUGAUCCAAAGAGCAGGGAGAUGUAGGUGUUGUAUUUCUUCAAUAGAUUCCAAGGAAAAAAAAUGAAACACUAAAGAUUUGAAUACACUACUGGUAGCUCAGAAGACCAUUGCUUGGCAUAUACUGCUUAUGACAUGAUAGACACAUUCUUGUAUUACGUAGUCAAAUAUAAAUUAUUAGGAAAAUAAAGGUUUCAUACAG